AUACACAAUCUGUAUAAACGACGGAAUGGCUGCAUAUUUAAAAUUUUUAGAUCAUGGAUAAUAAUUUUAUUUAUAUUUCUUAUAGGAGUUUUUAUAUACUUGUAUAACAAUGUACAUAACAUUCCAACAGGGGCACACCCCAAGAGCAUUAGGCAAUUUGCUAAAGAUUUAUAUCGCAAUGAAGAAUACUUACCAAGAGAAUUAGAACUGCAAUCAAGAGAUUAUUGUGAAGUUAUACAUAUUGGUAUUGUGUGUUCUGGUUAUAAUUCUAAUGUAUAUUUUCAUGGUUUCUUAAAAAGUUUAUUUUUAACAAGGUCAAAUCCAAUUCACUUCCAUUUGUUAGUUAGCGAUGAAUCUGAAAAGGUCCUUAGAAUUUUAUUUAAAACAUGGCAGAUUCCUUUGGUAACUGUAUCGUUUUAUAAUAUUAAGAAGUGGUUAAAGGAUGUACGAUGGGUGCCAAAUAAUCAUUAUUCUGGAAACUAUGGCCUUCUGAAGUUGAUAUUUCCGAAAGUAAUAGAUCUAAAUGUGACAAAGAAACUUAUAGUUUUAGACACUGACCUUUUACUUAAUGGUGACAUAUAUUUUUUAUGGAAGAUUUUUAAUGACUUUAAUUAUAAGCAAACAAUUGGUAUGGUUGAAAACCAAAGUCAAUAUUACCUAGGAAAACUGGGCAAAGCACAUCCGUGGCCUGCUCUUGGAACUGGAUUUAAUUCAGGUGUCAUGUUAUAUGAUUUGGCAAAACUAAACUCAAUAAAAUGGGACACACUUUGGGUCAAUUUGACAAAAAGAUUGUCCAUUGUAUAUGGUCAAGCAGAUUUGGGUGAUCAGGAUAUUAUUAAUGCACUUUUAGUGGAAUCGCCUGGUCUUGUAUAUAGAUUACCGUGCUUUUGGAAUACCCAAAUGAGCGAUAAUUCAUUAAGCAGUAGUUGCUAUACAAAGCACAAACCAAUGAUCGUCCAUUGGAAUUCGCCUAAAAAAUACGACGUCACAACCAAGGAUGGUGAAAAAUUUAGAGGCCUAGCUGACGGUAUUUUCGAAUUAAACGGGAAUUGGUUUAGAGAGUAUCCACAGAUAUGCGAGAAAAAUAAGUCUGAAGAAUUGUUACCUAUUCAUCUGAACGAUGAUGACUGCGAUAAGUAUACAAAUCCGCCAUAUAUGUCAUUUAGAACUUUAUUAUUCUUUCGAGAUUUCAAAUACGUAGCUGACGAUAACGAUAUUACUUACGUAACACAUUUGUCCUACGAUCGAUUCUACCUCAUGGAAGAAAUUGCAAAAAUAUGGACUGGUCCUAUUAGUUUUUCUUUGUAUAUAACGGAUGCAGAACUCGCAAAAGUCAUUCAGUUUAUAUCAGAAAAUCAUGUACUGAAAGUUCGCAGUGAUAUAGCUUACCAUGCAGUUUUUAGAGAGGGGAAUUUGUAUCCCAUCAAUAUUUUAAGAAAUACGGGUUUAAGUAAUGUCAAUACGCCCUUUGUAUUUUUGGUUGAUAUUGAUUUCAUACCUAUGAAAAAUUUAUUUGAAAUACUGAAGGAUAAUAUAAGGAGCAUGGGCGACUUGAAGCAAAAGGCCCUGAUUGUACCAGCUUUUGAAGUUGCCGGCAAUAACGUUGAUAUACCGUUAAAUAAAAUUCAGCUAAUUGAUUAUCUUAAUGACAAGAAAAUUAAACCUUUUCUUUCUGACGUUUGGUAUUCGGGACACGGACCUACUGACUAUGAAAAAUGGAAAAAAGAAUUGGAGCCAUAUCAGGUUAACUGGAAGGUAGAUUUCGAACCAUAUGUAGUGGUUAAAAGUAACGUAGUUAAAUACGACGAGAGAUUUUUGGGUUUUGGAUGGAAUAAAGUCUCCCAUAUCAUGGAACUUGAAGCUCAAAACUACGAAUUCAUAGUUCUUUCAGAUGUAUUUAUAAUACAUCAGCCACAUGAAACCAGUUGGGAUAAUAUAAUGUUUAAAAAAUCUGCAGUUUAUAGAAAAUGUCUACAAAAUCUGAAAAAAGCAUUUAUUGCAAGUUUGCAACGGAAAUACAAUAAAACCUAUACGGAUUCAAACUUGUCUAAAAACUCCCCUGAGACAUUUAACCGAAGACGCAAGCGUCAAACUGGCCAAGAUUCCAGUACGACCAGCCUUUAUGACAGUACCGAUUAUUUCCUCGUUUGGGGUGGCAAAGAAAAAUUGGAAGGCAAAAAAGAAACAAGAAAACAGUUUCCAAAGGAAAUCCGUGUACCUAGUACCUUCAGUAAAAAAGAAACUGAUUAUUAUUACGACAGCGACUAUCCAUAUAAUUCAACUACAUCUACAAACAACCAAAAUGCAAAGACUUCUGAAGAUGCUCUGAAAAAGGAAACAAACUUAUCUUCAUCAAGCGAAGAACAUGAUUAUGAAUAUGAUGAAGAUGAUAUAAAAUUUAAAGAAUUAUAUGACAGCACGACAUCCUUAAAUUCUGAAAAUAUCACUUUGGUUUCUGAAAGCCAGUAUUUAUUAUCAAGUUUAACCCAAAUGUUCAGUCAUUUAAAAAGUAUUAUAUCUAGUAUUACUCACAUGGAUAUAGCAGAGUGUAUUCAUAGUAUUAUUUGUGAUUAAAUGGAAAGGAUGUCGUGUCAAAGUACUCGUAGGUACAUUCCAUUUACCCUUUAUUAUGUCUAUCGGGCGUAAGUCCCUUACAGUGCCAUUAAGAGCUGAUUGAGAGUUUUUUCACUACAAUGUAUAAAAUUCAAAUAGUUUUCAAACCUGAAGUGAAUAUGAAGUUUUAGCUUUUUCUCAUUAUCGUUGAAGAAUUUUAAAAACCAAGUAGAAAUAUUCAAAUUAAAGGUAACCAAAAGUUUUCUUGCAGCUUUUAGUAUAAAUUACUAAAUACAAAAUUCUUGCCUUGGGCUGCUAUAUUUUUCAUUUUUCAAAAAAGAAAAAAAGGAAAAAAUUGUUUUUUUUUUCGUUAAGGGGGGAACCAACUCCCACGACCGGUUUCUGGGCCUACCACCUCAUCAGGUAGACUGUACAAAGGUUGGUUCUCCAAAGAAAUGACAAACACAACUUUAACAAGUUGACUCGACGAUGUCGAACGGUAUCAGCACAGAUUAUACAGAUUAUAAACUUUGCUUUUUCUUUAUUGUUUUUCGUGGUUCCAAUUUUCGGAAUCGGGCACUAGUUAGGUUACUAGUUUGUGCACAUAGCACGCCCACU